AUGCAAGGAGACUCAGAUUUGUAACUUCUCAUAAAUCAAUAAGAUUAGAUUCAAAAUAUUCUAAGCUCAUUCCAUUAAGCUGGAACUCUUACUGGAGUCAUCAUUGAUUUUACAAUCGUCAAUAAUUCUACUCUAUAUCUACUUUACUAGUAGCAUGUAAUAGUUGUUGAUAUAUCUCAACUAACUAAUUCAAAGCUAAACGGCUUACCAUAAUUGAUAGACCAAAUAGCAAUCUAAGGUCCAUUCAAUAGAAUAGAGGCUGCUUAUGACAAUAAAUAUUUGGUCCUUACCCAUAAAAACAAAGCGUAGAUUUUGCAAAUAAACCUAUAAACUCAGGAAUAAUUUAUACAUAGAAUUGAGAAUGAGGAUUAAAGAAGUAUCCGUGAUAUUCACAUAAAUAAGAAUUAUAUCUGUAUCUUAUUUGAUAAGAAUGAGGUGGCUGUCUUUGAUAUUAGUCAUAAGCAAAGAGUAUUCAGAGCAGUUUUUAGAGAUGCUACAGCUCAAGUAACCAGACUAUUUUACAUUAAAGAUUUUGAGGAUGAUGUUGAUUACAAUGAUGAGAUUGAGGAAGAGUAUAAUAGAUUCAAAGAUGAUGAAAUCGUUGACGAUAAGCCAAGACUUUUCUAGGGUUAUUUCUUAUUUGUAGAAAAUUAGAUAAUAAAAUCCUAAAAUUCAAACAUAUCAAGCAGUGGAUCAAAAGCUGUCAAAUCUACAUCAAUCUAAUCCUUCGAGAAAAUAUGCCUCGUAAAAGCAAUAAACAAUAGCUCUGCUGGGAAAAUUCAAAAGCAAGGUACCAUUAAUUCAAAGAACUAAACUUAAGAAUAGCAAAGUCUUCACUCAUAAGAUUUUCUUAAGAUUUCCGAAAAAACCGCUAAACUAGUGGAGUAUAAUGAAAAAAGAGGGAUAAUCUUCCUUUUGAACCAAGAGAAACCCUCACAGAACAUGAUUUUAUACACUAUUAAGCUGAAAAUAGCAGACGACCAUGACUCAGACUCAGAUGAUGCCAAGAAAAGAGUCAAUUUAACUGAGGGCUACAAAUUUUGGUUUAUUAAGGAAAUGAGACUCAAUCUUAACUACUCAAUUAUUUAGGCUAUUAACACUUCCUCUGGCCAUAGGAAACCUAAAAUUUUAAAGGUUGUAAGAAGACCUAACACCAGAUAAUCUAAGGAAGAAUUUUAUAUUUAUGUAGCUAUUGGCAACCAAGUCCUCUGCUAUCUUUUCGAUUAUAAAGAUUUUAUUCCAAAUGAUCAAAACAUAAAAUAAUAUGCUGAAGGAGGGGCCGAGUUGAACUUUCAGCAAUCCUUGAUAAAGAAUAAUAUAUUAGAUCAAUUAAUGGGUGCUUAAAAAAAUCAGGCUGCCUUUUCAGAUUCAUUAUUUGACAAAGAUUAUUUUUCAACUUAAAAUCCAGGCGUUAUCAUUUCGCAAAAGAAUAUAUAGCUUUAGGAGACCAUAUCAGUCAAUGAUAUCUAGCCCUAGUUUAGGGAUAACUUUACUGCUUAAUCUGUAGUGAAUGAUCAUUAAUUCUAGCAAACAUAAAGCUAUUUGGAAAAGAUUCUUAAAAUGGAAUAUCCUACUAUAGAGGAUGAACUUACUAACUAAAUUGAGGAUCACCUUUAAAAUGAAUAGUAUAAUAACGAAAUAGAUGAAGAUUUUAAAGCUUAAUAAGAGCAGGUUAAGUAGGAGCUUGAUAAGGCCAUAGAAGAUGUAUUGAAAGAUGAUAUUGUUCUUCAAUCUUCAAGUUUAAUGAUGGAGGAGGAACUAAAGAAUGAUGCAGUUUCUUAAUUAAAUCCAGAGUUAGUAGUUAAGGUUUCUGAGGAAUCUAAAUAAAGCAACAGUUCCUAGCAAGAAGCAAACACAAAAAAUGCUACUGCUACAGAAACACCGUAGUCAUAAGCACAACCAACAGGAGGUAAAAAGAAGAAAAAUAAAAAUAAAAACAAAAAUAAUGCUGGAAAUAACACUCAAAAUGUAUAAUAGCAGCAACAAUAAAACUAAAUUCCUUCACAAACAUAGAAUUAAACCUAAUAAGUAUCUUAGAACUAAAGUGUCUUAAACAACCAAACAAGUGCUGUUAAUAAUUAGACAAGCAAUGCAGCCUAGAAUAAUUAAUAAAACGCAUAAUCUGUCAAAAAAAUAUAAAAAACUCCUCAAGAAUAAAUGAUUGACAAUUACUAAGAAUUGACAAGAAAAUAUUAGGAUCUUGCUUAGAAGAUUUCAUCAAUGUAAAGGCAAGUGUAAAAUUAAAGUAAUUAAUAAAUUGAAAUCGAUAAGAGCAUCUCUAAAAAUAUUAAGGCGGUAUUACCUGGUAUAAUUCAACAGUAGCUUUAGGAAACAGUGGUACCUGAAAUGAUCAAAAAUAUAAAAAGUGUUGAUAAGCAAAUCAAGGAGUAAGUAAUGCCUUAAGUAGAAAAUCAAAUUCAAGAUAUAUUCGCAAAAUUGAUAGAAAAUGGGCUUAUUCAAUAAAGCAAUAACAACAAACAAAAUGCAGAAAAAUAGAAAUCUAAUAAGCUAUUACAGGACAAAUAGAUUGACGAUUCAGAGAUAAAAGCUGCUAUUAUGUAAUAAUUUGAGCAAACUAUGAAGAAAUAGAUUAAGCCUAUGCUAGAAAAUCAGCUAAAGCAUGUAGUGGAAUCUGCUUAAUAAUCAUUACUCUUUGCUAAUAUUGAGUUUGAAAAUAGACUCAGACAAGAAGAAGAGAAAAAUAAGUAAAUGAUGGAAUACUAUAUUAGCAAACUGGAUCAAAUGAUGGAGGCAAAUUAAAAUAAAUCUCUAUAGAUGAAUAGAUCUUUUAAAUAAAGUAGACCACUAGGAAGUCCUGUCUAUUAUCCUGGAUAGCCAGAUCUACAUAUGCCACCUCCUCAAUCGUAUCAUAAUGCUUAUUACCCAAUUCAUCCAGGAUAAUUGCCAUUUAUGUAUGAAAUGGGUCUUUAAAAAUCAGCAAGUUACCACCCUCAUUACAAUCUUAAUGCAUACUUUACUCCACAAUAAUUCUAAGUUGAAGGUUUAUAAAAGUAGAUAGACACUAGAUUUAGCAGUAAGCUAUUACCAAAUUCAGACGAUGACGAUGAAAAUGAAGUAGAUGUAGGAAUUCAGGAAGAAAAUAAAAACUCUGAUGGUGAAUAUGGUUUGCCUGAUGAGCUAGAUGAAAAUACCAAAUAAUCCUAAAGUCAAUAUCGGUAGCUGAUGUAAAAAGCAAAGCAUCAAAGUGUCUUAAUGUAAAAUUCUUAUGCUAAGUAGCAAAUAUCUCCAAUAAUGUAAAACUAGUUCAUCCAAGAGUCAAAUAUAAAUCUCACAAAUGCAAAUUAGAUGAAGGGUUAAAUAAGUAAUGUAAUGACUGCAAAUGGAUAAGCUAUCUUAAUGUUUAAUGAAGAUGAGAUCACACCCUUGUAAGGAAGAUCAUCUAAUAAGCUAGUUUCAAAAGACUCUUCUUUUAUAAGCACCAUGAACAUGAAUUCUAAUACCAAUAAGAAGACCUAGAAUUCUUAAGUAAAAGUAAAGCAGACGGGUCUCACAACAUAAUAGAUAAUUUAGCAAGUGCAGUAAAAAGCUGCAGCUUAACCAAAACCAUAGAAAUAAGGCUCAAAAGGUAAAGGAGGUGAAUUUGAGCAUAUUCUAACUUAUUUCAAGCAAAUUGCUAAUGGUUUACCAAAGCAACUAGAUUAACUCUAUAAAAACAAACCAUUCCUAACAGAGCUUAACAAUUUCUUAAAGAACAAUAUCUCAGAAUUGAAUGGCUUGCAUCAAAACAUUAUUAGCCAGUUUAUGAAGAAGAUUUAUGACAGGUCAAUGAUGGAAGAUGCUACAAAUGAGUAUAAAAAAGAAGGUUUAAAAAUUUACAAAAGACUCAAUUCAAGAGUAUGCAAAUAAAGAGAAGAUAUGAAAUAACUGUUGCCUAAAAUAAUGGAAAUGGAAAAAGCUCUCAAAGAGCAAAUACAAGAGUGA